AUGCUUGCACUGCGAAUUCUAUAUGGUCUUUGUAAAGAUGUAGUCAAAGGUUAUUACGGAUUUCUUGCACUGGGACUUGGUGAUGUCCAUCAGUUCAUGAUCCUGCUUCUUUUUGCACAGGUCUACUGGGUUGAUUACAAUCCUUUCGAAGAGAAUUCCGAAUGCGCAUCGGGUUUUGCUGAUUAUCAAGAACCUGGCAUCUGUAAGCUUGCUGUGUUGUGUUCUGUUAUUUUUGGAUUAUUCCUAGUGACUGCACUUAAUAAACGGGCUCUCAAGGAAGAAAUGAAAUUCCUAGAAGAACCAGAGGCUAUGAAGUUGCAGAAGCUGAACCAAAUAGUAGUCAACUCUCAACAGUGCAACUCUAUACCUUCAAAUAGCGAGAAGGUUUGCUAA